AUGAACGGCGCGCCGGAAAGAAAGGGGUCCACCGCCUCGCUCAAGGACGAAGUGGCGGCUCUGGAGAACGGCGUUGAACGGCCAAAGAUGGGCACCGCGAUACGCGGAACACGUAUAGGUCACAAGAAGUCGAGGAAUGGCUGUCAACAGUGCAAGAAACGGCGCGUCAAGUGCGAUGAGAGUCGGCCAUGUCGCAAUUGUGUACGGCACGACGUCAAGUGUAGUCUUGUUCUGACGCCAUUCGCACCUCAGCUUCCUCCCGUGACUGAGUCGCCAAAACCAGCUCAAGAUGCUGCGAGUACCGCCACGCCAGGCAGUAUCGGGGAAGCUUCGACAACCAGUCGCCCAGCCAGCCGGCGCGAGAGACCUUCGCCUCAAUUGUCUUCGUUAAAAGACAAGGUCGCCGCUAUCCAAGGGCUGCUGUCAGAGUUUACGGCUGAAGUAGACGCCCUCAACCAAAAUGGCCAUGACAACUACUCAAGCCCGGCCAACGGCUCAAGUCAUGGCGACUCAGGAGAGGCUCAGGGUAUCUCACAAGCCGAUUGGCUCACCGACAUGCAACUCGUCCAUCACUUUACCUCCAACACGGCUCAUACCCUCUCUGAGAAUCCAGACUUUGUACAUUUGUGGACCACGACUGUCCCUCAGAUUGCAUUCGCCAACGACUUCCUCCUUCAUGGCAUCCUCGCCGUAUCAGCUAUCCAUAGAGCCCAUCUCAACGCUGAGAAAAGGGACGAGUACGCCAACUUAUCAGCACGCCAUCAGAACAUCGCCCUGAGUCAGUUCUCACCAGGACUGAGUGAGAUUGGCGAAAACAACGCAGAUGCCUACGUACUCCACGCAAUAUGCAUUUUCCUGCUCAACACCUACUCCAUCGCGAACCCCCAUGGGCCCAUCACCUCCAAGGACGUCGCCCAGUCCUUCAUCCUAUUGCAAGGAAUCAAGAGCAUCCUCACACUCCCGUUCGCCCACCGAUACAUCUCCAACGGCCCGCUAGUCCGCUGGCUCUACCAAGGCGGCGUCGAGCCGGCCGUCCGAGGCAACUUUGCCUCCAAAAUCGACGACCUCCUCAACCUCACGCGGAGUAUGGCACCCUCAGACGACACAACAACCUGCCAAUCCGCGCUCGAAGGCCUUAAAAUCACCUUUGCCGCAGUUUCCACCCCGCAACACAGGUCCGGUCUCGUUUGGCGCUGGGCCGUCUCCCUCCCGCAGCCCUUCCUGGAGCUGAUGAGCCAGAACCACCCGAUGGCCCUCGUCAUCCUCAUGCACUACGCGGCGCUGGUGCAUGCCUUUGAGCGAAAUAUGUGGUACCUCGUCGGAUGGGGCAGCGUAGUCGCCUCGGCUUUGGAUCAGGCUAUUCAGGAGCCUUGGAGAGAGUGGAUUCAGUGGCCUCUGCGGUGUAUCCGGGAAGGUGUCGAUAUUCGGCAGGUUGAGCCAUUCAAGCCUGUUCCGAUUGAGAGUGUUCCGAGGACGCAACCUCCUACUGGCGCCAACUUCAAGCUUGACCUUUUUCGAUUGGGCGAGCCACCGGGAUGA